AUGUACAACUACAACGCGGCGCAGGCGCCUGCCCCGCCGAGCGGGCCAUACUAUCCAAACACUCCCUCGGGAGGGUACGCGCAAGCCGUGUACCAGCAGCAGACGUAUUCCUACCCCAGCACCUAUGCUCCUCCAGGCCCCAGUGGCCCCAGCUCGUCUUACAGCUACGGCUCGCUGAACGGCCAUGGUCGUGGACCCGUAGAGAACGCAUACACACCGCAGGCUGCGCCGCCCCACAGCAACUACUACCCAAACACCCAACCACCACUUGCACCACCAGUCAACGGAGGAUAUGCCCCGGCCCCCAUUCCAGCUCCACGCGCUCCCCUCCCCAACGUCAAUGCGAUUCCUGCCCCUUCCCAGCCGACAACGUACCAGCCGCCAAUGUUCAAGACGUUCCAGGAGCGCAAACGUGAGCGUGAAAUGGCGCUGCGCACGACGGCCCAGAGCAACCCCACACCGCCUCCAUCCCACGACCCAACACCCGCACCCAGCCCACACGUCUCUCGCUUCCCCCCCACGUCGCCAAGCACCCCCUUACAUGCCCUCCCUCAUAUCCCGGGCCCUCCUCAGCAUGCCGGCCCCGUUCCUAGCAUCAGAGCUCCGUUCAACGGCGUCGGCGGUGCUCCCACGCCACCCGCUCAUUCACCCAUUAAUGGUCCCCCGCAGUUCAGCACUCCGCCUCCAGCAGCCUUGGCCAUGAUGGCUCAGCAGAACGGUGCAGCGGUUGGUCGCCCCACCCCUCCUCCUCGUAGCAGCUCGGGACCAGCCCCGUGGACUGGGAACCGCCCUCCUGUGCCCGCUCCACGCGGAGUGUCCAGCCCGGCGACGUCGCCGUCCAAAGAUGCGCCAUGGGGAGCUGCACCUGUGACUGCACCUGCGCCUCCUGACAGGCGCUCGGUGUCGCCUGCCCCUCCUGAUCACCGCUCUUCUUCGCCUGGCCCGCCUACCACCACUCCGCACAUAAACUACGCGCAACCGCCAGCCCAUGUCCCUACUCCACAGCCACCUACGAUGUCUUCCCCCGCUGCCAGCGCUCCCCUUCCCUCCUCGUCCAACCCGCCUUCCCUCACUCCCUCGUUACGCAACAAGGCGAUCUCCUCUCUCCUCGACCGCAGCGACACCGUCAGCUCCAUCAAGUCUGUUGACCGUGCCGGUUUUGGACCCAAGCGCUCCCUCCCAAAGCCCCCUGCCGGCCUCGCCUCGAGCAGGUCGCUCGACCGUGGACCAGCCUUGCCUGGAAACCCGCGUGCUCCCCGUCGUGGUGAGCAGUCGCCUGUGCGGAUGAGUGCGAUCCCGGCGAUUCCCGGUAUCUCGGAAGUGGACGAGGAGGGGCCGGCAGAGCUCGCGGCCCGCUUCGCGGGUGUGAGCGUUGGCGGCUUCGUCCCCGUCAGGCAGAGCCCCGAGAAGCCCACUGUGGGUCUUCCCGCCUCGCCGAGUCCGGCCCCCUUCACGAAGGGGUUCCCGAACCAGCAAUGUUCUCAGUCCAUGCCGUCAAUCCAUGUUGGCGGGCACGAGGUUCCGACCAUCAAUGUCGGCGGCCCGGAGAUCCCAACCAUCAACGUCGGCGGACCCGACGUCCCUACUAUCGUUACGCCGUCGAGCCCGAAGACAUCGCCGGCCGUUCCCAUCAUCAACGUUCCCUCCAUCAGUGUUGGCAGUCCUCCCACCAUUGCCGUGUCCCCGCCUGCGGUGCCAAACAUCACGUUUGGCGACGACGACAACGGUACCAUCUCGCGCCCAGAGUCACCUAAUGGGUUUGCCAUCUCGGGCUUGCCAACUAUUGCCGUCUCGUCUGGCGACACACGCGACGAACUCCCGCCCAUCUCCAUCUCUGUUCCCUCUGUCAAGGGGCCCAGCAGCACGCGCCAGAGCUCGCGCCCAUCGCACAACUCGGCUGGCCCGUCUCGCAUUCACCCCGACAUGGCAAUCCUGUGUGCAGGGUGCCACAACCCCAUUAUUGGCCGCAUUGUGUCGGCGAUGAAGCAGCGCUACCACCCGCAGUGCUUUAGCUGUGGGACAUGUGGCGAGCUUCUGGAGCACGUGUCGAGUUACGAGCACGAAGGCAAACCGUACUGCCACCUCGACUACCACGACAAGUUUGCGCACAAGUGCCACCACUGCCAGACGCCCAUCGUGGACCCACGCUUCGUAACACUCAACGACGAUGUCCUGGGCGAGCGAUACUACCACGAACUGCACUUCUUCUGUAGCGAGUGUGGCGACCCGUUCCUGGACCCCAGCAAGAGUUCGGCCGCGGGAACAGAGGCGAACCGUGACGGCGACGACGAGGCCAACGAGACGAAUGCGUUUGUCAUCCACAAGGGCCACCCAUACUGCGAAGGGUGCCAUUUGCGUUUGCACAAGCCCAAGUGCCGCGAGUGCCGCAAGCCCAUCCCGGACGUUGCCGUCAGCGCAAUGGGUGCAAAGUACCAUCGCGAGUGCUUUGUGUGCAAGCGAUGCACGCGCCCCUUUGCCAAUAACCUCUUCUUCCCGAUGGAGGGCGAGGCGUUCUGCACCGAGUGCUUUGAGUCCAUGCAGUAG